AUGAGUCUGCAACAACCGGACAUGUAUUACGACAAUCCUGCAAGUCGCUCUCCCCAUGCGCAGCGCCACCAGCCCCAGUUGCACCGCCAGUCGUCGCGUCAAUUCGACUCCUACGCUCACCUGCCUUCGGGCCUCUAUGGCGCUGAGGACCAGCAGCAACAACAGCAGCAGCAGCGUUUCGACGCCCCCCGUUACAAUGACAGAAUGGGCGCUCCUCCCAACAUGCAUCAAAAUAUGAACCAGAAUAUGAACCAGAACAUGAACCAGAACUAUGGAGGAUACGACAUGGGCGGUCAGAACUGGAACAACGCUGCUUUUGGAAACAACACUCUCGGCGCUCUGGGUGGCUCCCAGCGCAGACGUGGGCCGCAACAGGCUCCAAGAAACGGCCUCCCUUCGGCUUGGCUCGACCAGCCCCAACCUAUGCCUCAAGUCUCUCCUUACCUGGGCCUCGGUGGAGGUGUCAUGGGCGCUCCUUCGAUCAGAUCCGAUCAACUCGGUUCUGAGCCCGAUGAAGAGCUCAUCCCUACCGCUAUUGUUAUCAAGAACAUUCCUUUCGCCGUCAAGAAGGAGCAAUUGGUCCAGUUGAUGACUGACAUGGGUCUUCCUCUUCCCUACGCUUUCAACUACCACUUCGACAAUGGUGUUUUCCGCGGAUUGGCUUUCGCCAACUUUACUUCGCCCGACGAGACCGCCGCUGUCAUUGAUGCUAUGAACCACUUUGAACUCCAGGGCAGGAAGUUGAGAGUCGAGUACAAGAAGAUGCUCCCCGCCGCCGAGCGCGAGAGAAUUGAAAGAGAGAAGCGUGAGCGCCGUGGUCAGCUCGAGGAACAGCAUCGCCCUAUGGCCUCCCAGACCCUCCAGACACAGACUUCCAUGUCUUCGCUCACUGGGCACUUGCCCCCUGCCUCUCCCUCGCCCGUCUCGGCCGGAAAUGUUGGACUUGCUGUCGACCUUAACAACCCUGACACCCUCAAGGUCUACUCGGACCUCCUGAUCUUCAAGGAGGACAAGAACAGAGAUCUGUUCAUCUUCCCCUCCAACCUAAGCCCUCCUCAGAGACGCGUCAUCCACACCAUCUCUCACCACAUGGGUCUCGCCCAUAUCUCCAAGGGACAGGCCGACCAGCGCGCUGUCCACGUCUACAAAGAAGCCCCUCGUCAGAGGCUCAGCCCUCCCAUGCCCCAGAUUCAGGCCAUUCAACAGGGUGAGACUCAGAGAAGAGGCCUCAACCGCGCCGCAACCACCGACUUUACUGAUGUUCGCAAUCAAGAUGCUUUCUACCACCCUACUGGUGUUCGUCACCAGCAGUCGGGCUACCUGAGCGGCUUCCAGGAUGCUCCCAGCACUCUUGCUGCAGGCCCCAACCUCCGCGCUGCCAAGUCUUUCGCUGACUUGCGCUCUUACACUCCUUCCCCUGUUCCCUCCACUGCCAGCUUCCCUGCCACCCUUGGCAACAACGUUUCCCGCUUCGCUGAAUACGCUCGCGAGAACGGUGGCACCCCCGCCAUCACUCCUACUGGCUCCGCCGCUCCCAUCGGCACCCGUGGAGAUGAAAACAUGCUCGUCAACGGACUCGGAAACAUGAACAUCGGUGGCCCUGCCGGUUUUGCCAGCAGCCCCCGUGGACUGCGUGGCAUGAUGUCUUGGGACCGCGAAUCCAACCCUGGACCCAUCGGUGGCCACCGUUCCUUCAGCACCAAUAACACUGGCUAUGACGAGCAGCCUCGCGACCGCAACCAGGGUGUGCCUUCUCGCCAACCUCGUGGCCCUAUGCCCGAGCGCGGCUCUGGCUUCCCUCGUCGCAAUGGUCACAUGGCUCGCGGCAGUGAUGAACUGUCGCAACAGUCCGGUGUCGAGAUCACUGUCGAGUAG